CAUUACAACUGUCUGCCAUCUCUCUCUCUCCCAGCCGAGAGUCUGUAACUAUAAAAGGCAACUGGAAAUCAAUGGCUUUCAAACUAGCCCUUCUCUUCGGCGUGAUCGCUUUCGCCAGCGUUUAUGUGUCUGCAACCACGACGACCACCGUCACCACUUCCGUCACCACCGUCUCGGCCGAUGAUGACAGCGAGGGUGGACUCUCGUUGAGCGCUCACGACCGCAGUGUCAUCCGCAAGACCUGGGAACAGGCCAGGAGAGACGGCGAUGUUCCUCCUCAGAUUCUCUUCCGCUUCAUCAAGGCUCACCCCGAAUACCAGAAGAUGUUCAGCAAGUUCGCCAGCGUUCCCCAAAACGAACUGUUGACCAAUGGAAACUUCUUGGCCCAGGCCUACACCAUUUUGGCAGGUUUGAACGUCGCCAUCCAGUCCCUGUCCAGCCAGGAGCUGAUGGCCAGCCAACUCAACGCUCUCGGUGGAGCCCACAAGCCCCGUGGUGCUACUCCCAUCAUGUUCGAGCAAUUCGGUGCCGUCCUCGAGGAAGUCCUCGCUGAAGAGUUGGGCAGUUCCUUCAACGCUGAGGCCAAGAGCGCCUGGAAGAACGGACUUACCGCUUUGGUUGCCGGCAUAUCCAAGACCCUGAAGAACCCACAAGAUUUGGCUGAUCCCCAGACCAAAUUGUCUGCCCGCCAAGUUCGUGACGUCCAGAGGAGCUGGGAAAACAUCAAAAGUGGCCGCAACGCUAUGGUCUCUUCCAUCAUGAUCAAGCUCUUCAAGGAGACUCCCCGCAUUCAGAAAUACUUCACCAAGUUCGCCAAUGUCCCAGUGGGAUCUUUGAGCGGCGACGCCGAGUACAACAAACAAGUCGCCCUGGUCGCUGACCGUCUGGACACCAUCGUCUCGGCUACCGGCGAUAAACUUCAACUUUUGGGCAACAUCAACUACAUGCGCUACACCCACGCCGCCCGUAGCAUUCCCCGUAGUGCUUGGGAGGACUUUGGCCGUCUUCUGAUGGAGUCUUUGGCUGCCAGCGGUGUCUCCUCUGACGAUUUGGCUUCCUGGAAGGGCACUUUGGGCGUCCUUGUCAACGGAAUCUCUCCCAAGAAUUAAGACACAUUUUCUUGGGUCCGCAUUCAAGCAAUGACACGGAAUGGAAGAGAAAUCAUUUCCCGCCCAUUUUAUUCAUCGAUGUUCUUUUCUUUUUCUUUUUCAAAUACAAUUAGUUAAGCAAUCCAAA